CCUGGCUCAAAAUGCCCUUGCCUGAGCACUGAGAGCUUGGAGAGGCUGAGAGAAAGGAGAGGGGAGCUGAAAAAGACAGGUUAGAAAUAAGUAUACAUAAAAGAACGCUGAAUAGAGGAAGGUGUAGGCAAGAUAGAUAAAGAGAAACUAACAAAAAGAGCCUGGUUUUAUUUUGGAAAAAGCUGGAGCCCAUUUUUUUAAAUUUAUUAUUUUUAUAGCCUGAUUCAUUUUCCUCUGUACGGAUUCCCCUCUUCUUCUUCUUCUUUUUCUUCUUCCUGCUCUUUUCUCUGAUAGACAUACCACCAUGGAAACUGGGAGCCCCAGAAAGAUUCAGUUUACUGUCCCCCUGUUGGACACUCACCUGGACCCAGAGGCAGCAGAACAAAUCAGAAGACGUAGACCCACACCUGCCACUCUGGUGGCAUCCAGUGAUCAGUCCUCACCUGAAAUAGAUGAAGAUCGGCUCCCAAACCAGUUGUAUAAGGCUGCCCUGUUGAACUCCCCUCGACAACGAAGAAAAGGACAAAAGGGGACACCGACAAUGAAAGAGCUGCAGUUUCUUGUAGAACAUCACCUGUACAGGCAGCAGCAGGGAGCUGGAGACGAGUGCUCCUCAGAGAGCUGUCUGUCUGACCGGCCCAGCCCCGACUCCGUUCCCACUGGUGAGGAACUCCCACAUGAUGACGAGGCCACUGCAGAGGCCUUUGAAAAAUUGCGCUGUCAAAUGGAAGAGUUCUCCAGGGAGAGUCUAUUAGAUGCUGACAGUGAUCUUGAGUGCCCCCUCUCCAAGGAGAAAAACGAUUGUUCCAGUGUGGCCAGCGUAGCAGAUCCCUCGUCCCAAAAAGAAAAUGCACAGACUGACAUGAAAGCAGGAGCAUCCAGUGCAAAUCAGACAUCAGAGAAGAAGAUGAAGAAAGGCAGCCUGGAGACAAAGAAAUAAAGAGGAACCUCAUCCUGAAGCCCUUUCUGAAUGCUUGAAGGCUAAGGCUGACAACUUGACAGUCGGUAUCAGCAUAAAGUCAAAAUGAGUUUGUCGAGAUCUACUCCUCAUUUCAAAUGUCAAAAACAAGAGUAAGGUUAGACUUAGCUCUGCACCAUUUGUCAUGGGUUUAGUUGGGGUAAAUUUUGAUUUGACCCUAAAAAUAGGCAUUUUGGCUUAAAUAAUUCAACGUGCUCAGUUCUAAGAGCAUACAACAACAUACAUUUUUCAUGAAGAAGGUGGACUAAUGCAUUUUAUAACACUGCAGCUCUUUAAGUUACAAAGGAUUCCCCUGCAGACAAAUAUAGAUGCUUUUUAUGGAAUAUUAAAUUUCAAAGGUCAGUUUUAUCUGUAGGUAAAAUAGGUCAUCAUAUAUUCAUGUUGAUGUGUAAUUAGAUCUAUUCAUAAGUAAGACAUGAUUGAAUUAUGUUACACAAUUCACAAAAGGAUGUUUAACAUUUAAUAAUAAGAUCUGUGCACAAUUUACCGUUCUCUUUAAAUUUGGCAGACAUUGUCAUUGUUUGAAUUCUUAAAAGAAAACCAUGAACACCAGAACAUGCUUAUUAUAAGGGUUGAAGUGCACCACCAAACAAUACAUGUUUUACUGUAUAUCAACAGAGUUUUUAAAUCAAAUUACCUAAAUAUUGGGAAGUUUACGUUAUUUUCUCAAUGUCUGGUUUUGCUUGUUUUUGGAAAAAUUAUGAAUAAUAAUCCUUAGUUGUGGCAAGAUUAAAGCAAAGUCUAUUCUUGCUCUAUGGCCCCUCCUGCUGGAAGAGUAGAAAAUGUAGCUGUUGUACCUCCUGUCGUCACAACUGAGUUUUACACCAACCCGAUUCAUGUGUGAUAUGCAGUGAUGGGAAUAACAGCGUUAAAAUAAACAGUGUUACUAACCGUGUUACUAUUUUCAGUAACAAGUAAUCAAACAAAUCAGUUUUUUCAGCAUUACACCACUGUUACACAUCCCAACAAUUAUAAGGGGCGCAUUAUAAACUAAAGCUAUUCUUUGAAGCUCUUGUCAUCUGUCAUGGCUCACAGCCACAGGAGCUAAGCUUUAUUUCUUUAUUUCUUUGUCUCUGUAAUUCCACUUUAUGUAACUGGCUUGUGAAACCUUAGAAAAAGUUAAACUUAGAAAAAGUAACACAAUAGUUACUUUCCCUGUUAACUAGUUACUUUUAAUGACCACUUUCACCCUCUUCGCUACAUUCUCACACUACUCUCUAAUUCUGCAUUAUUUGCUGUUAUUUCAGUUUUUAACUUUAUGUUCUCUUCCUAGAAGCUCCACCUGGCCUG